AAGUGUGUAUGACUCAAAACAUUAACACGUCAUUGCAUACAACUAAUAUAAGCAUUGUGUUAACCUUGGAGAAGAAUCCGCAAAUAAAUUUAACAUUCUGGUCACACCAACUAUUGUUUACUAAAUUCCGCCACAACACAUCAUCAAAAUUUUUUUUGUUCUUUAUCCAUUUUCUUAUAGUACUGAAAUUUCAUACGGAACAUUUCUUACAUCACAUACACCAAAAAUGAACACAAAUCAUUAUCGAUUCAUUACAAUAUUGUGCAUACCCAAAAAAGAUAGUUGUCUCACACAAACACAAUUACACAUCCGUAAAAGGAGAAAGUACCGAAACUCUUUCGUCAAAACCGCCAAACACAAAUCUCUAUAACUCAAAAUAUUCUCUCUUACACAAAAACUAAAAAAAAUAAAAUAAAAAUAAAAUGAAGGAGUUUCAAAUUCUAGCUCUUUUCUUAGCUGUGUUCACAUUUGUAAGCUCAAGCUUUGGUGAUGUUGCUACAACUAGUAAUUACGCCAACAUUGGUAUUAAUGGUGUUAAUUACGGGAUUAGCAUCCUUAAUCGUACCACUUUUCCUCCAGCUUUUCUAUUUGGCUCAGCUUCUUCUGCUUACCAGUAUGAAGGAGCAGCUAAAGAAGAUGGAAAAGGGCCUAGUACAUGGGAUACAUUUACCCACAAAUUUCCUGGAAAGAUAGCUGACGGAAAGAAUGGGGAUGUGGCAGUUGAUUCAUACCAUCGCUAUAAGGAAGAUGUGAAGAUCUUAAAGGAAAUGGGACUAGAUGCUUACAGGUUUUCAAUUUCGUGGCCCAGAUUAUUGCCUUAUGGAAAAGUAAGCAAGGGUGUGAACAAGAAAGGAAUAGCCUAUUACCACAACCUUAUCGAUGAACUUUUGGCGAAUGGCAUACAACCAUUCAUCACCCUUUUCCAUUGGGAUCUUCCUCAGUCAUUGCAAGACGAAUAUGGUGGUUUUAUUAGCCCUCAAAUAGUGGGUGAUUUUCAGAACUAUGCAGACCUCUGUUUUAGAGAGUAUGGUAACAAGGUGAAGCAUUGGAUUACACUCAAUGAGCCAUUGUCCUAUAGUACAGGCAUUUACUCAACUGGGGUCUUUUCGUCCAAGCAGUGUUCUACAUUAAACCCCCUGAAGUGCAAUAUUGAUUUAGCCACUGACCCUUACAAAGUUGCGCAUUACCAGAUUCUUGCUCAUGGUGCAGCUGUUCAAAUUUAUAGACAGAAAUAUCAGGCAUCCCAAAAAGGUGUAAUAGGCGUUGCUUUGAAUUCAAAUUGGUUCAUCCCCUUUUCUCAAGCUAAGCAAGACCGAAGUGCGGCACUUAGAGCUGUUGACUUUAUGUUUGGAUGGUACAUGGACCCUAUGACAUAUGGUGACUACCCACAUACGAUGCGCUCUCUUGUUGGCGGUCGAUUGCCUAAGUUUUCAAGGGAGCAGUCUAGCCAGAUAAAGGGUUCAUUUGAUUUCAUUGGAUUAAAUUAUUACACUAGCAGCUACACAGCAUAUGCUCCUAGUUUCAGGAAUGGAAAACCUAACUUUAAUACUGAUUCUCUCAUCAAUAUAACAUCGGAACGUAACGGAAUACCAAUUGGUCCAAGGGCUGCUUCAGAUUGGCUAUAUAUUUAUCCAAGAGGAAUUUUUGAUCUUCUACUCCAUAUAAAGAAAAGAUAUAGAAAUCCAAUCAUUUACAUCACAGAAAAUGGCUGUGAUGAGUCAAAUGAUGCCAGAUUGUCUCUUAAGGAAGCUUUGAGUGACGGCAUGAGGAUACACUACUACCAUGAUCAUCUAGCCUUUGCACAACUUGCUACUAGGUUUGCUGUUAGAUUGAAAGGAUACUUUGCUUGGUCAUUGUUGGACAACUUUGAGUGGGGCUCUGGUUAUACUGUUCGUUUUGGCAUAAACUAUGUCGACUACAACAAUGGACUGAAACGAUACCCCAAGCAUUCCGCUAUAUGGUUCAAGAAUUUCCUUCGCAAAUAAAACACGUCCUGUACCUUCUAAAACUUUUACAUUUUAGUUUCUUCUUGUUCCUUUGGCUACAUAACUUGUUCAGAUGUUCUUUGCAAGGACUUUGUUGCAAUGUAUUGCUCAUUUCUGACUAUUAGUCUUUAUUUCAUCAAUGAUAAAAUAUU